GUCCGUCGCAGACCUUAAGUUCCGUGCGAGCAGAGGCUUUGUGUGCUGACUGGUGUACUCUCAGCUCCCAGCACAGUGCCUGGCCAUGGCUUAUGGUGAGGGCUCUGGUGCGGACUGUAGACGUCACGUCCAAAAAUUGAAUCUGCUGCAGGGCCAGCUCUCGGAGGCGUCACCCAGCGACUGUGUCAAGCAGCAAGGAUGGACUGGCUCCCGGUCUCUGGAAGAACCUGUAAAUGCUGACAAGGAAAACGCAGGCCCUGGGCAGGCUGAGCAUGUGGGUCCGCAGGACCACGCUGGCCCAGCAGGGGAGGUGAGAGAAGGAAGCAGGCGUGAGGACUGGGACGCCAGCCAGCUCACUGGCCCUUGGGGGGAACCACUAUGUCCUGCCCAGCGGGUCAGGGCCACGUCUAAGUGGGAACGAUUUCUUUUGCCACUUGGAAGCUCACGUGUGGACACAGGGCCCCCAACACCCCUGCAGAGGGACCCCAGGCCAGCGGGGGCAGCACAGGCUGAGCAGGGGUUCCCCAGGGCUCAAACUACAAAAGACGGGGGCCUCAGGACACCCAGUCCGCUCCAGCUUCCUUGGGCCACACACACUCCUACAUCUGGGCCCAGGAGGCCCUUCGGGGAGACCCCUGAGCAGUGGGGUGCAGGCCCUCAGGCAGAGGGUGGGCACUUGGUCAAAGGGGCACAGGAGCCCCGACCCGUGCGACUGUGUGACCUCUUUAACACUGGUGAGGACUUUGAUGAUGUUCUGUGAGCCGAGACCAGUAUGUUGUUAUGCAGAUGUUAGGUACCUGAGCCCUCCUCCCCUAGACCUGUGUCCCUGAACAGGGAUCCCUGAGGGCUUUAAUUAGGGCUGAGGAUUUAUGGGAACUAAGAACCGACAAUAAACAUGACUCUCAAAUGGAUCAUCUCUUAUUGCAACAUCUUGGAUUAAAAGUGCUUACACCAUUUAAUUGCAGUUGGUUUACAGAUAUGCUAACAGAAUGGCUACAAAGGAUCCUCUCACUUUAAAAGCAGGCGACACAUUUGGAAAUGAGAGAACUAGAAUGGUUGUGAAACGGGCAGUGCUCAGUGACCACUGGGGGUGCCUGCAGCCACUCCUGUGCCCGCGAGAGGCCUGCCGACUGUCUGCCCUCCUGUUCUGGCUACAGGACAACCACCUCCUUCUGACGUGAUGGUGGCUGUUGCAGCUGAACUCUGAAUAUAUCAGGUUCUAGCAGAAAAUCAGCUACACAUCAGUUACUAUUAGUCAUUUAAAAAAA